GGCCUACAUAUGUACUUGGUAGUGAUGAUUGAUUUCUUUUGAACAUAAUUUUACUGGGUAUUCUAUUAUCCAAGGGGGUUUUACAAACAUGUAGCGCAUUGAUUUGGUUUGUUGGUUUCAAACCCAGGUUGUUGGAUUACAAGAAACACUGUAUUGCACAGUGCUGUGAAUAUACAUUUGGGAUAUCAAAAAGUAAUAUUACAUGUUCAUGUAUGUACCUCCAUACUCUGCACUAGCCUGCAUGGAAAGAAGUGUCAUCGGAGGUGAAAUGGUGCCAUUAUUUACAGUAUGUCAGUGAUUGAUGGGGGCCAAUGAGUGAAAAAGAUUAAAAAGGAUUUCACAUCCCUUUCUGCACUUUCAAAUAUCAGGUGAUAUACAUGAAGGAAUGUUGCUGAUAUUUUGGGAGAGGUUGAUGGCAGGACAAGGGGUUUUGCCCCCGCUCCUGUUGCCUCCAAAUGGUUCUAAAUUCUACUAUCUAUCUUAUAAAGUAAAAAAAAAAGGUCUGGGCCCUUUCUAUCAAAGAGUUGCGAUCGAAUUUAUCAAACUCAAGUAUUGAAAGCCAGUGAGUUUUCUUAGUUCUAAGAGUAAGAUGUAACGAGCGAUUGCGAUUGAGUGAUUGUUUGACCAACUUGCAAGUUAGUGUUGAAUUGUGGCACUGCCGAAUUGGCUUUAACAUACAGUAUAUUGCUUGUGAGUUGUAUUAUAAACUCAAAUUAACAUUCUUUAUGUCAACAUGAUUCGGUUAAAAAUGAUAUGAAAAAAAGAAUUAUGUUUUUUGCCCUGUUGCAGUUAAUAUUCAAGUUACACAUAACUUUAUAAAGAAAAGGUUCUUAUCCCUAGGAUACUUUCAUGUUUAUAGCCAAACUAGGCCUUUAAUAGCUUACAUGUAAUUUGUCGUGGGGCUGACUUCUAUGAUUGAUUGCAUUUAUUAGUAUUAUUGAUAAAAGUGUAAAAACCAGCCCAUAGGGGCCCUGAUUCUACCAUAGAGAGAGCAAACAGAGGUUCUAUCAUUGAUGGAGUUCAUCCCUGUUUUAAUGAGAUGACAUUCUGGAAACAAUAUAUUCAGCUCAGAUGGAGAUGAUGCAUGGCACAGUUUGUAGUGAUCAUGACAGUGAGUGUGUGGGAGUAUCAUUUGUGUUGUCAGAAAAUGUGACUGUCAGUAUGUGAGGAGGGCCUGUAGACAGAAUGGUAUGUUCAGUUUUGAUCUCCAUCAGCCCCGAUAUCAUCCCGCUAUUUCUAGCAAUAUAAAUCUAUUUAUUUCAAUUUUGUGAACGUACUUUGCAGUGUUAUCAAGAUGUGAUGUACAUUGUAGAAUGCUAAGAACUUCUCUGAUUGCCGCUCCUCAAUCAUUACAUUAUUAAUUCUUUCCUCCCUCUUCUGCAUUCCGUCAUCUCAAUUGGUUUUGAGGGUAUAAGGUUUAGUGUUGUACUUUUAAUACUUGGCAGUGCUUUGUACCGACACACAUUUCAUCCAGUAUAACUACAUGUACAUGUAGCUAGACAGGUACGGUGGCAGUUGCUACACUCUAAAUAUUUCAGAGGGCAUGGGAUUAGAGUUAAGAUUGUAAAUGUUAUAGAGUUUUUGGUUAAAAGUAAUGUUAAGAAAAGGAUUGGAAUUUAUAUAGUUUCGGAGGCUACAUGUAGGUUUUAUGUUUGGCUAAACGUGCAGAUUUUCCAUCAAAACAAUUGUCGUCGGAGCAAAUGUCAUGGAACCAUAACAUACACAAGAUCAGAUUUUUAUUCCAGUGUCUAGACCUACAUGUACCUGCGAUAGACACCAACAGUUUUGGAUAGUAGAUGAAUUGCAUGGUGGAAAAUGAAAAUAUAUAGCCCUAACCAUGUGAAUGUGAUAUUUUUUGUAGUCCGUCUUCAAAAUCUUAUUGAAUCUGUGUUCACUUUAACAAGUAUUGCUCCUUCACUUUCCUGCAACGAAAAUGAUGACUUCCUUUUGUUGAAAUAUUGUUUGAUUUUAGAUAUUGUAAUGUAUCCUGGUCUACCAUUUCCUCUCGACUAAGGAUGCCACCAUGAAUUUAUGGUAUAGGUCCUUCACCUUUACUCAUGUUUGGACAGUAUGUGUUUCCUCUUGAUGCUGAUGAAUAUUCCACGGCACAUUUCUCUCGUCAAUGACAUCUCCAUUGCCCCAUCCUUCUCCUCUUCUCUCGUUGCACCUCCUUUCUGCAUUCUCUAUUGAUAAAAAAUCCAUCUUCUCCCCUUUCUCAUUUUCACCCAUCUCCUCUGUCUGUUUGUGUCACUCACCACUGCUCUCUCUUCCAUUCUCUCUCUCUCUUCCUUCCUGUCAUUUAUCUUCCCUUCUAAUAAUAUUGACAUUCUGCCAUUCUCAUCUGUUCCCCCUUAUUGCAUCCUCCUUUCUUCCAUUGUUUCUCUCCUCUUCCCUUCUUUUUGAUUGGUUCCCUGCCUUCCACCCCUCUCUUUCUAAAAAUCCACACCCUGCCCUUCCCACCUGCCCCACCCCUUCUUCCCAACACUCUUCUGGGAAACCUUAGUUUUACCCUCACACCUACAUGUAUGACACAUAUACUGUAGACAUGAACAGGAGAGCAGAUGUGUUGCUUUUACACACGAGGGACCAUUGGAUGCAGCCAAGUGAUGCUGACAAGGAUGCUCGUUGCCGUGAUGGUGAGAGGCAGUCAGCGGGGCAGGGAGCAUGCUCAUAUAUGGGCAAAGGCCUUAUCACAUGUGAGACCCCACACUUGCUCCACUCCACUCCCCUCUGCACUGAGCUUUCUCUGUGUUAUGACUAAUACUCCGGUCUGAGGUCACCACCAGAUGCUGCGUGUGCGUGCGGUAACCAAGUCAUCUCGGUACAUUUCUUUCAAAUCCAUCUCAUUGCGUUUCACAGCCACCAAACAUUGCUCACACUGUAUGUAGGCUUAUGUAUUUCUUGUCUUCAUAAUAUGUAGCAGGGAUUAUCCAUCUCUCAUUUGGAAUAUAAUAUUUUGCUGUAAAUGUUGGGAUAUCUCCUAGAGGACGCAUUACUUGCAGACCUUGAUAAUACAAGAGCACAGUUAAAGGAGAAUCGCGAAAGGAACAUACAAGAUUCUCCGUACUCGUAUCCUGUUGGGGCGUUAUCACCACAUACACCGGUAUCACCCAUCUACUCCGAGAUUGCAAACGGUUUCUCACCAUCGCCUAGUCCAGCCUCACAUCCCAAUAAGAACUCCUACAGGAUACAGCAAGCAGAAUCCGAGCCUCUGUAUCAAGUCCAAGACAUCCAGCUUCCACCGACUGCCCUGGUCUACUCUGAACCUCCUCGAGGGAACUCCUACAGCCAACAGUCACCCACCUACAGCCUUGAGUACACCCCAAGGACCCCUACGUCACCGCCCCUCUCGGACCACCUAGAGGGCAGUGUUGCACCUCCUAAACCAGCCAGGUCAAGACCCAACGGAAGGCAACCACCACCGACGCUUCCCAAGCCUACACUACCAAAGCCAACAGUAUUCAGAUACGACAAGGCAGCGACCGCCAGCUAUCAGAACAGUACCUACCAACCCACCCCAGCACCUCCUAGGAUGGCAGGAAUGCCUGUAUCAGAACUAGACUCGCUCUUACAGGAGUUAGAGGCUGCACAGUCACAAAUACAGAACUGCAAGUAUGACUUAGGAAAUGAAUAUGCUUCCAACCCACCAGCCAAGCCACCACCCCCGGCAGCUGGUAUAGUAAAGCCUCCUCGGACCAACAUGGGAGGCGGAGUCGGAGGAGGAGGGGGCGGAGUCAGUGACCUCAAUGACAUGUUAGAUGACCUUGUAGGCACCGUUACACCGUCUUCCAGCUAUACAGUGGAGACAACCACGAAGACCUACACCACCCACUCGCAGCCUCCCGCUCGCCCCCAACCUGCCCCACCCACCAACAGUGCCCCGCCUCCCCAGCAGCAGCAUCAACAGCCAAUCAAUAGAGUGAUGGCAAACAACACCCAUGCCCCAUCCCUAGGAGGUCAAUCUCAGAUUAGUAUGCCACCUCCCAGGACUGCUUCCUCAGCCACCAAGGAGCUUGACGAUCUAAUGGCGUCACUCUCAGACUUCCAGCUCUCACCAACAGACACCAUGCCCCAGGAGCCUGCCUACGCCCAACCCCACAAAGUCACCCCACCCCCAAAGCCAGCUCACCCACCCCCUAACAUGGUGAACAUCAACAACACUCCCCCACCCCCGGUGGCCCAGUCUUACCCACAACAGCAACCACCUGCCCCCGCCCAGCAGAACCAUGCCCCAUCCCAGCCCAGUCAGCUGGAUUCCAUGUUGGAUCAUCUCAACUCAGAUGUCAGUAGACAAGGUGUUCAGACUAUUACUAAGGGAAUGUGUGCAGCUUGUCAGAAACCCAUAGCUGGACAGAUUGUGACGGCUCUUGGUCAGACGUGGCAUUCGGAGCACUUCGUCUGCGUUGGAUGUCAGAAAGAGCUUGGUACCCAGACCUUCUUUGAGCGAGACGGUCAAGCCUUCUGUGAAGAGUGCUACCACAAUCUCUUUGCUCCCAAAUGUGCCUACUGCCAUGGCCCGAUCAAGGAUAGGUGUGUGACUGCUUUGGAUAAGACCUGGCAUCCGGAGCAUUUCUUCUGCGCCCAGUGCGGUAAAACGUUUGGUGAGGAUGGCUUCCACGAGAAGAACGGCAGAGCUUACUGUCGGGAUGAUUACUUUGAUAUGUUUGCCCCAAAGUGCGGAGGAUGCAACAGAGCAAUCAUGGAUAAUUUUAUCACGGCAUUGAAUGCACAGUGGCAUCCAGAUUGCUUUGUGUGUGCGACUUGUAGAAAACCUUUCAACGAAGGUGACUUCUUUGAUCACGAUGGCGUCCCCUACUGUGAGAUCCACUACCAUGCUGUACGGGGGUCCCUCUGUGCCGGCUGUAACAAGCCAAUCACGAGUCGCUGCAUCACGGCCAUGCAGCGCAAGUUCCACCCGGAGUGCUUCGUCUGCGAUUACUGCCUGAAGCAACUGAACAAGGGAACCUUCAAGGAACAAAAUGGCAAGGCGUACUGUCACACUUGCUUCAUCAAGCUAUUCAACUAGGUCUCUGUAGAGUAGUGGAUGUCUGAAAUUCAAUAGACCCAAGGCUUGUAAUGGUGGCUAAUGUCCCUAAAGACCGAAGGCACAUAUAUGACACACGUCCCAAUAGAAUGAAUGCUCACAUGACUGGGGAGCCUUAUUGAGGUUGUCCAAGAGACUGAAAGCACAUAUGACCAGUGACCCAAGAGAUGACAUAGUGACCAUGAAUGGGAUGUUCCAAGAGACCGAAUGUCACUUGACUGAAGGCCUUAUUUAAAAUAUCCAUGAGAUCGAAGUCAUACAUGAAAGAUGCCCCAAGAGGCCGAAAGCCCAUGUGGCUAAAGUCCUUUGAGACCGAAGGCACAUGAGACAGAUGUCCGAAGAGAUCGAAAGCCCAUGUUCAUCUAACCGAUGGCCCGUGGUUGUUAUGGUCAUCUACAUCUGUGGAAAACUUGUCUCAGAGACCACAAGACCAGUGGUUCUUCAGAUGGACACCUCAGCUUGCUGAUCACUAUGUUUGUGAUCCAUUGAUCAAGUGGGAUGCCCUUUUGCCUAUGUUUCACUUGUGGAGUUCCUUUCCCUAACCUAUAAGAUUUCCCAAAGUUGUUCAGUAGGGGAAGAAUUUCAUGAAACCUUCUUCAGUUCAUCCUCACCUACAUCUCUUGUAAAAUUUCUGUAUUUUAAAAUAAUUUGGUAACUUUCACAACAGUUCUAGAUGUCGGUGUUCGGAGAGAAAAUCCAGCCGCUGAAUUGAACUCCACAACAAGACUUUUGAUUGGAUGUGACAAAAAGCUUAAUUAGCUUAAUAACAUCUCUUCCUGCAAGAGGUGCUUGAUCUGUCAACUUGAUCAGACUUGAUCAAGUUGAUUUGGGGACUGGUCGGUUCAGCUCUGGCAGGCUUUUGGGAUUGUCUUUAAUAGAGAAGCAGUCCUAAUUGACAUUUUUCUGGUAAGGUAGUUAGAUUGACACUGGCUAUCUUGCUCACCUAGACUGACCAGCCUUCAAAUCAGAUUGACGGAGCCUGAUCCAGUUCAGAGUGAAUUAGCAUCUAGAAGCUUUGUGGACUGUCCUACUAACAUCAUUAAACCGCAACACUGAAGAUGAAAUGGGCGAUUCCAUGCUAGAGAAAUCAGCCAUUUUCACAACACUUUUCAAUCUGCUUUCCAUACAAACAAGGUUUGUAUGGUAAUGAUAAAGUACUACUGGGUAGUCAUGUAACAAAUGACAACUGACUAAAAUAAGCUGUCAAUGGGUGAAUUAGAGGUGAAAAUGUUGCGUGUCGUACAGGACAUUUCUAUGUCCCUAACUACACACAACAUUUUCACCUUUAAUAAUUCAUCCAUAAUCAAACAUUUUGUGUUGGUUGUUUGUUUUUCACAGGACUACUCACUAUGACUUAAUCAUUGACAAAAAAAAAUAUUGCCUAAGCAUUCAGCUAAGAGAUUACAAAUUAUUGAUGAAAUGUCUCGUAAGACACAUGGAUUUGCCCAAAUCAGUAUUUAAAUGAUGCUCAUAGCUCGCUAAUGAAUGUUGAAUCAUGUUCAUUAGCGCCUGGGACAAGUAUAAAAUAACUGAGUCCUGUAAACAACACCUUGUUUGUGCAAUUCAGUCUUAUCAUCAAGUGUUUCAGUAAAACACUAACCAAUUCAGGGGGGAAUAUAUCUUUCUUUUCAGGUGGAAAAAUUGUAUUGCAAUUUUGUAGCUCUCUGUCUUUUUUAAGCCCACAUAGAUCAUGAACAUUUAAGAAUGUUCAUACAGAUAAGCAUUCUUGUCAUUGCAAAUGUUAUUUGUUCGUUAAUACAUUUCUGUCAAUACUUGUAAUGACUUCAAUUUCAAAAUGAGAGCAAUUGUACAGAUCUUAUGUGAGUAUAUUAGCAGUAGAAUAUCUCCAUUGGAGUUUGAUCCUCUUCCGCAACCUGACAAACAUGGUGGAAUUCUUUCUUCAUCCUUUGUUGCAUUUCUUUGCCUUUUUUUACGCUCAUAAUGUUUAUAAUGAAUGAAUGAUAUAUAUUACUGAGUAUCACAGUACUGUCUAAGUUAAUGUUUACACUGAUGAAUUAUAUAUUAUGUCUUGCGCAUUGCUACAUUAUUUUAAGGAUUAUAUGACAAUGCUUAUUAACAAACUGUAUAUAUUUGACUUUUAUCCUUCUCUUAUUCUAUUGUCUUUGCAACAUGCUGAGUUUUUCUACAUAGCUGCUUUAUACUUGUAUCCAUUUAUUGCUUCGUUCUAUUCAAUGAGAUCUACAGCAAGGCGAUAGAAUACUAUAUAUAUAGAAUGAGCCAUUUCUUCCUUUUGUAUGGGUAGUGUACAUAAAGAUAUUUGACAAAUGCACUUGAUAUUUAUAUCCUGUAUUUAUGGAAAAGGUAAUCUCUCUCAUUUUAUCUUCCCUUACAAAAAAAAUAUCAAAGAAACAAAACUAUUGCCACUGCCUUUUUUAUAUAAAUGCUGAAUACCCUCCCCCCCCCCCUGAAAAAAAAUGCAUUAGUUUUGAUAACUCUGUUUCUUACAAGAAUUAAUUUGUAGCGGUUACUGUAUUUUGUUGAAAAUAAAAUUACUUUUUAUUAAUUUUCUAGAUAUAUUCUUUUUCAUAAUUAUGGUUGUGAAAAAGUGACAAUGUAUUGUGUAAUUGUGUAGUUUAUUUUCAAUAGAGUAAAAAAAAUCAUAUCUUGGAUUAUAUUUCCUUCAUGUUUUCAAAUGUCAGACUUCAAAUAAUGUAAUUUCCCAUGUUAAGGAUAAAAAAAAUAUAUUUUUAAUUUGCUGUAAAGAUCAAUGUGAUAAGGUGCAAUUCAGAUCAAAUAUGUUUAUGAGGAAAACUUCCAAAGAUGAUUUUAUCAGAAAAAUUGUAAUACUUGUCACCCCCCCCCCCCCAUGAAAUACCUAAACUCACUGUAAAAUUUGUUUCAAAUUAUUGACUUUGUUUUUCAUGCAAUCAAGAAAUGUUGAUUCUUCACCAACAAACAUGUCAAAACAUUUUGUUUAAUAUACAUCUCUGUUUUGUAUAUAUAUAUCACAGUGCCUUGCGUAUAGUAACUCUUAUACAUGUAGAUGUUAUUUUGAUAUUUGUUAUUUCUCAAAUGUCGAUCAAAGGUAUUUUUUCUGGAACAUAAAGCAUGGAAGUUGCAUUUUGUUGCUAAGACUAUCAAUGGCAUUGCUGCCAUAGCACAUUGUAAAAUCUACAGUGUUAAAAACAGCACCGGUCAGUGUUCUGAGGGGAACACACCCUCAAGUUUUAAAUACACCAUGUGGUUUGAACUUAAUACCAAGUAGAUUUAAAAAAAGUUAAUUAUCUAACACCAUGAAUUUAAGACUGGUGUAAAUCACUGUAAAAUGAUAUUGGGAAUCUCAAUGGAAUUUUGACACUACUGCUUUUUGCAGUGCACUGUCUGUUUUUGCAUUAUUUUUUUUCGAGAGAACAAGCUGGAUUUGGACAAGCAAAAUUCUGCACCUUGACACAGGAAGAACCUCCAGUAAAUAUAGCUUGCGAAUGUUCUCUAGUUUUAAGUGUUGGGCCAAGUCUGGUAAGGGAGGGUGUGGGUGUAUGUGUCUUUUUACUCCAGCAAAAAUAUGCAUCUUCAAAUUUUCUCUAUAUCAAUUGUAUUUCCAUAAUGCAAAACAUAAAUAAUUAACUCCACUGCUUUUUUUCUUUUAAAUUUGGUACCAUUGUUCAGAAUUUCUACUGCUUCUAAUAAUGGAAUCAUUUGUGUAAUUACUGUAAAAGCUGACAAUUAUGGGAUAGUGUUAUUUUGGCUGAUUUUGCUAAAAUUUUAACUUUCACAAUUUAAUUACUGCACUUGAAAACUACCGAAAUGUGAACAACUCUUGAAUAUGUAGAUAAGGACUUAAAUAUAGAAAAUCAUGAGUGUUUUCUCUAUAUUGGUUAUACAAUGAUAUGUUACUUUUGAAUUUAGUGCGGGCAAUACAAGGUUAUGAAGUAAUUAUUUAUUUUGUCCAAAGAUUAAUGUUUAUUUAUGAUUUGUGUACUGAUGAAAACAAAUAUCUGUAUUUAAUGCAAUACAAUAUGCUUUUAAUUGACAUACAUGAUAUGGUAAUUAUUUAUGAAAUGUGAUAAAUAUUCAGUUUGAAUUUUCCCUGAUCUUAUCAUUUUCAUAGAGGCGUCAAUAUAAGGUACUAAUAACAGCUUAAUUUUUGCGAGAGGGGGGGGAUGAGGGUGAGGGCAGGGUAAGUUCAACAUGUUUCUGGCUAAAGGGAAUAUCUCUAAUCUACUGAUCAGAUAUAUUUUAGCUUAGGACCAAGAAUAAAAGAAACCUACAUAAAGAUUUACUGAAGUUAUGGUAUGGGGUUUCGAAUUUAUAAAGGAAGUGUUUUUGUCAUGGUACAGGGAAUUGUCUUUGGAAACACUUACACCAUGCGUUUAACCCUUGUUUGUCUUACAUUUUUGGUUGAAAAUGUGCAGAAUGAUGAUUAUCAUGUUGUUUUAAAAAGAAACAAGAAUGUAUUCUCUUUACUUGUAGAUUUCAGUUUCAUCCAGCAUUUCAUCAAAAUUACCCUCUAAUUUUCUUAAUUGCUUGUGUUUUCCAAGUUUAUUAGCUUGGUAGAGAUUUAUUUAUAUAGCUAUGUAAAUUUUAUAUGAUUUGUGACAAUUUAUAAUCUUUAAAAAAAAAUGCAUUACAUAUAUUUUUUGCUGAUAUGUGCCAUUAUGGAUAAAUUUAUCAUAAUGAAAUAAAUAACUAUGAUAGCGAAUGCUUUGACCUAUACAACUUUUGUACA